AUGGAGUGCAAUGUAGUAAAGAACCCUAUAGUUCCAGGAACCAAGUUAUCCAGCACUGAUACAGGAAUUAAGUCAGACGACACACUCUUCAAACAAGUAGUUAGAAGUCUUAUGUAUCUGACUGCAACCAGACCUGACCUGAUGUAUGUGGUUAGUCUAAUUAGCAUAUUCAUGGCUAGUCCUUCGGAGACUCAUUGGAAUGUUAUCAAACGAAUACUACGGUAUCUAAAGGGAAUUACUAAGCUUGGAAUAUUCUAUAAGAAAGAAGAAGAUAUAAAACUAGUGGCUUAUACAGAUAGUGAUUAUGCAGGGGAUAUAGACAAUAGGAAGAGCACAUCAGGAUUUGUAUUCUCCUUGUGCACUGGUGCAGUUUCAUGGUCAUCCAAGAAGCAUCCAAUAGUGGUGUUAUCCACUAUAAAGUCAUAA